UAAGAAAUUCGGGUAAGCAAGUGGCGAACUACCCAACGUAAACUGUUCCCCUGUUUUACUGGUGCGUUUCCGGUUUCUUUUUCGACUUGCUCGCGUGUAGCACGCUGUGCGUGUGAAUGAAGUGCGCGUUUUUGGUUUUUUGCUGUUUUACGCCCCUGGUCUGCCUUUGUGUAUUGCACUGAAGUAGUUUCCCCGUGUUUGUGUUUGUCGACGUCGUGGGUUUUAUCGAAACGUGUGAUCGCGUGACGAAAAAGGGACCAAUAUCAAAAAAAUGUCGUCCAGGGUAAAAAAGGCCCAGGCUACCCAAUCCGCUGCUGCCACACCAGCCAAUGAGAAAGCGGCCGAAAAUCUGAAAAAGCCUGUCGAGAAACCCAUCCAGAAACCUUUCCAUACUACAACGGAUCAUUUAAGAUCUCUCCUAGCUGGCGAUUCACCAACGAAAACAAAGGCUCCUGCCGCUGACGGCAAAAAGGCUGCAUAUCCUAAAAAGGACGAGAAGAAACUGGCAGAGGCUAAGGAAGAUGAGGUUGUAGUUGACGACGCGUCUGACUCGGAUACCGAUACUGGCCUGGAGGAUUCGGGCGCCGACGACGAGAAGGGUGAUGAGGCCGGCAACGGUGAUGACCCAACCAAUGAAUUAAGACAAUCCCGCUACGAAAAGAAAGCUCGUAAGAUCAUGUCAAAACUCAACCUCAAGCAGGUCACCGGCAUAAAUCGGGUGGCAAUCCGCAAAUCAAAGAAUAUUCUGUUUAUCAUUUCUAAGCCCGACGUGUACAAGCCACCCUUUACGGAUAGGUAUAUUGUUUUUGGCGAGGCAAAGGUCGAAGACCUUAGUCAACAGGCCCAGUUAGCGGCUGCAGAAAAAUUCAAGGCGGCGACCGCUGCUGCUGCCGAACUUGGUCCUUCGGCUGGCAGGACACUACCAACGACGGCUGACGAAGAUGAGGACGAAGAAGACAUUGACAUGAGUGGAAUCGAGGUGCGGGACGUCGAGUUAGUUUGUGCUCAGGCGUCCGUAUCGAAGGCGCGAGCCGUACGCGCAUUGCGGAACCACAAUGGCGAUAUUGUCAACGCCAUCAUGGAGCUCACUGUGUAAACUUUCAUGGGUUCAUGAACACGCACGAACAUACAGACGACAAGCACGUUACUAUCAUUAAUACAAUAAAGAUGUAAUAAUGCGACGUUGUGAAGGAGUUGAGUUAAAAAGAAAAUAAAGCCGAACUAAUUACGCUCACAACGAUGAAACGUACGCGUAUAGAACACGCAAUAAAAGACAAACCAACAGACAAAACCAAUCGCGAGAAGCAAGCACAGUGCAGUUGGAGCUGCCGUAAGGCGGACACCAAAUAAAAAAACAACACGGGGUUAAGUUAUGUA